AUGACUGCACUUGGGACUACCUCGGAAAGAUCUGUAAACAAGACGCAACGGGACAAAACGCCCCAAUGGGUCUCGCUCGUGGCUGGAGGAGUUGCAGGGGGACUAGAAGCAGCCAUUACGUAUCCGUUCGAGUACUCUAAGACCCGCGUUCAGCUGCUCGACAACAGCGCUGUUCGGACGUCUAAUCCACUUCGUCUCAUCUUCCAGGUUGCAAAGCAAGAAGGGGUCGGGGCCUUGUACACAGGCUGCUCAACCCUUGUUGUCGGAACAACAGCCAAGGCCGCUGUCCGAUUCGUGUCGUACGAUACAAUCCGCAAUUCUCUUACUGAUGACCAUGGCGUUCUCUCACCGGGACGAGGAAUGCUUGCAGGAAUGUUCGCAGGAGCAGUUGAAAGUAUCCUGGCAGUCACUCCCACGGAAAGAAUUAAAACAGCUCUGAUUGAUGAUGCAAAGGGUGCUCGACAAUUUAAAUCGAGUCUCCAUGCGGCUCAAGUUUUGGUUCAGAAACAUGGUGUCACGGAGCUUUAUCGAGGUCUUUUAUCCACAAUGAUGAAGCAGUCCGCCACAUCUGCAGUCCGCAUGGGCACGUACAAUGUUCUCAAGGAGACUAUCAAAGCAAACAACGUCAAGACGAAUGUGGUUACGACGUUUGGCAUUGGUGCUGUCGCUGGUGUGGUUACUGUAUAUGCUACGCAGCCAUUUGAUACAAUCAAGACGCGGGCCCAGGGGGUCCAGGGUGUCGGGAUUGCACAAGCCUGUCAAAGCGUGAUUCGUGAUUAUGGUAUUCGUGGGUUCUGGAAGGGCAGUUCCAUGCGAUUAGGUCGGCUUCUUUUGAGUGGUGGCAUCGUGUUCUCUGUGUAUGAAGAGGUAGCGGCUCUUUUGUCCCCUGGGACACACAGAUGA